CUCGUUCACAAUUCUCCCAUCAUCAAAAUCUCACAAAUUUGGUUGGAACUCAGAAGACAGUUCAUUAUGUCGUCCAACCCUAGUGACCUCUACUCCCAGAGUUUCAAUUUUCAAAGUUUUCUGCAGAAAGGAGUCGAUCCUCGUACUGGACAAUACACCGUCAGCAUUCAACUCUUUGAUGCGCCAUCGGAGACUCGCAACUGUCCGUCACUCAAACUAUCGUUGAGCUACAAUCCCCUCAACACCAAAGAUAUCGGUCUGGGCACUGGCUGGUCUUUUAAUCUACCCUCCUACGACCAUCGCCAAGGCAAGACUCUGUUGCUCUCGACGGGUGAAAACUUCCAAGCCACUGAGACGACCAGUGCCUUUUUCAUCCAGGACCAGAAGCUCAAGAGCUUCCAGGCCAAGAGAACGGGAUCAUCAGCAGGAUCUAUUUAUGAGGUGGCCUACAAAUCAGGCCAGGUAGAGAUUCUCUCCGGUUUCAACAACACUUACAACCAAUCGGUUCCAAUCACCAUCUACGGCGCAAAUGGUCGUGCACUCAGUCUGGAGUGGACCCGCAACGGUGAACAGCCACGACUGAGUAAGAUUCAAGACGGUGACGAUGUUCUGCUGGAAGUUCAGUAUUCCGAUGCGCAAGUAACCAUCACCAAGGCGCCUGGAACUACCGCGGCCAGCACCUUCACGCUUAUCCGGCGUAAUGCGCAAUUAACCCAGCUCAAACUGCCGCUGGACGACGACACGCCCCCGUGGCAGUUUUCGUACAACUCCCUCAGCAACGGAUUUGUGUGUGUCUCACAGGUGACAAGCCCCACUGGUUUGGUUGAAGAGGUCAAUUACAAGCAAGAUGGUCACCAGCUGCCCUCUGGAGCGCCUUUUACGAGAAUUCCAUACGUGGUGUCUCAUGUGGCGCGUCCAGGCCGUCAGCAGCCAGCCAUAAAGACAAUCUACAGUUACUCCUCAUAUAACUUCCUGGGCUAUGGAGGAGGACGGCAGUGGAGCGCUACCGGCGAUAACUUGUACCAGGUGCCUGCGGAAUACCAGUACACAUCCACGGCGCAGCUUGAAGGUGGAGCAACUACAACCUAUACUUACAACAAGUUCCACUUGACCACCAAGAUCGAGGAACAACUGAACACGAAGAAAACUACCCAGGACAUCACGUAUCAUGCGACUCCGAAUACAGCAUUUGACGAUCAGCCUGCGCAAUACUUGUUACCCAAAACGGUUGCAAUCACCUAUGCGGACACAACUGCCUCCAGUCGGACAGAAACAACAACAACCGAGUUUGACGAAUGGGGCAAUCCUGCUACGGAGAUCAAACCGGAUGGCUUGAUUACCACUCGCACAUACUACGCUGCAGAUGGGGAGGCAAAUUGCCCGGCUGACCCUCAUGGUUUCCAACGAUACUUGAAGACGGAAACAGUGACUCCGGCGGAGACGUCCUUUGCUGCACCGACCAGAACAGAGAAAUUCGGUUAUUUGGAGCUCCCUACUUCAAGCAAUGCGACAGUACAGACAUUUGUUCUGCAAUCAUCGCGCGUCACUCUUGAGGGGGACACCUCGCUGACCACUGCCGAGUAUACGUAUAUCAACCAGCCAGACUCACGCGAUCAUGGACGCGUCCAAGAACAAAAAACAUGGUUAUCCUCGAAAGACAACGCCACAACCCAGACAUUUGCCUACGAGUAUCUCAAUAGCGGCGAAUUGAAAAAGACACUCAAUACGGCCGGCUUCGACGGUGUUUCGGCCAAAUUCGAAACCGUCCAUUCCCUGUCAUCUGGAAAGGUUACAGGACAGACAGAUGAUGCUGGUAUCCAGGAUGUCUUCCAGUACGAUGCAUUGGGCAGAUUGGUUAAAGCCGCAACAGCGAUCGAUACCGAUCAGGAAGCAGUCCGCUACAACAGUUACGCCAUCUCUGACGACGGCAGUAGUGGUAUGGUGCUGUCAGUCACGGAUGCUAAAGGUGUUCAGACACAAUACAUUUCUGACGGCCUGGAGAGAAUCUGCCAAGUGAAGAGACAAGAUGAUGAUGGCUCGUGGGAUGCAUCUACCAACACAUACUCCGGCACUUUUCGCUUACUGCAGGAGCGCAACUACAAUGCUCUGGGCCAACAUAUUGAACAAACUGACAUUGACUGGCUGCGUACCACAGAUAGCGACCCAACGGAACUACGAACAACCGAGGAACUGCAGUAUGACGACUGGGGUCAGGUCCUGAAGACUGUAAACAACAGCACAGGCGUCACGACGAUUUCAGCAACGGAUCCUAUCAGCCUGAGUCAAACAGAAGGAAUCGAGGGCGAAGGCCAAACCGUCACGCAGCUCAAUCUGUCCGGCGUGCCUACUCAAAUCCGCCUUCUGGGUAAAGAUGGAACCGAGUACAGCAAGCUCAGAUACAGCUACGAUGGCCUCGGACGGCUGGUAGAAGAAGAAAAUGCCUUGGGUCGCAAGACAAAAUACCAAUCUGACUCGUUUGACCGAGUCACUAAGACUACAUGGGUGAGCGGCCGGGAAGUCAACGUUCAGUAUGCCACUCAAAGCGCGGCAGCUCUCCCAACCUCACUCCAAGUCAAUGACACAAGUCUGGGUGGACAGUCUUUCGAUGGAUUGGACCGAUUGACGCAGCGAACAGUCGGCACGCGCAGUUUGAAGCAAUCCUACCAGGGCAGCACCCCAGAGCCAACUCAGAUUGCCACGGACAAGGGCGACUUCAAACUCACAUACGAACCGGGUUUGCGCCAAUCGCUUUCGACAGUCAGUGGCCAAGAUAGGAAUGAGACAUACAAAUAUGACUCAAAGACGGGAGUUGCGCUACAGCUCAAAGGCUCAUCCAGCACCGCGGAUCGUCAGUACUUCCCGUCAGGCCUACUGAAAAGUGAAGCGCUCGACCUCAGCGAAGGUGUGGCAUCCUUUUCUACUCAAUCGACAUACUCGAUGGCCGGGAAGUUGCAAGGAUAUACCGACGUCCAUGGAAAGAAAUACCAGAACACAUAUGAUAGUGCAGGCCGCCUGAGUUCCUUGACUCUUGGAUCCCUCACGGUCUCUUAUUUAUACGACAGCGCCAACCGUCUGUCCGGCACUACAGUUCAAGACCAAGAGCAUGAUUCCAGCUUGACCACAAACCUUGUCUACGAUGACUUCGGUCGAGAGAUUGAGCGCACAGUGUUGCAAGGGGAGAAACAGGUGUCUAGACUGAUUCAAUCCUUUGGCGAGACGAGUCUUAUCACCACGCGGCAAGUAGAAGAUAAUGGGAACAUUGUCCGAAACGAAUCAUUUGCCUACGACGAGCACAACCGUUUGGUCAAGUACACAUGCGAGGGAAGCCAACUUCCGAAAGAUGAGAAGGGACAUGAAAUCCAAUCCCAAGAAUUCACCUUCGAUAACCUCGACAACAUCACAUCAGUCACAACAGGUUUCCAAGAUGGGACACAAAACACGGCAACCUAUUCAUACAGUCAGAGUGAUCCAACCCAGCUCAGCCAGAUUACAAACAGCCAUCCCGAUUUCACACCUCAAAUCACCCUGGUAUAUGAUGCUAAUGGAUGUCUCAUCCAAGAUGAGCAAGGCCGUGCCUUGGAAUACGACAGCGGUGGCCGCCUGAAGUCAGUCAAAGAUACCAGUGGCAGCCUUCUGAGUCAAUACAGCUAUGAUGCAGCUGGUAAACUGAUCUCCCAGUCAAUCCCUGACCAGCCAGAUACCCAGCUGUUCUACCGACAGGACAAACUUAUCAGUGUCAAGUCCGGAGACCGCCAAGUGAGCUAUAUAUCUGCUGGCAAUGAAUACCUGGGACAAAGUACCCAGAACGGCGAGUCUACGGAGAUUCAGCUCUGGGGAUCUGACGCGAAUGGCUCUGUGCUCAACUGGUUCGACACAGCACAGCCAGAUCAAAUCCACCAACAGCAGUACACGCCGUACGGCUUCAGCGCCCCCGAUUCUGCCUCCUCCAUAGGCUUCAACGGCCAGUGGCGUGAUCCAGUCACAGGAUGGUACCAUCUGGGUAACGGAUACCGCGUCUACAACCCCGUCUUGAUGCGCUACCAUAUCUGUUCCUAUUCCGACUCCGACACUGGUUGCCACUCCGGCUGCGAUUCCCACGCCGAUCUCGAUGGCCACACUUGCUCCGGCUGUGAGGACGCCGACUGCGACGCUCACUACCACGCUGAUUACGUAAGCGUAGCCGUUGACUUCACCUGUGCCGAAUGGGCUGCUGGGGUCGGCGAGGCUGGUGGCCGGUUUCUAGCUUCUGGACUCAAAUUCGCCACCAACUUCAAGAGUUUCAUCGGACGAGCUGGCUCAUACACGGUCAAUGAGGUUGCAAAGACGGGCGGGGAAAUUUUCAAGGACGCUGUCAAAGGGGCUGUGGAAGGUGAAGUCGCCGGUCAGCUUACCUACGGCUUCUAUGGGGAUGCACUCUACAGCGCGUUGGAAGGAGAAGACUCCUCGACGCCCCAGCAGGUCUCGAAUUCAUCACCGGUAACUAGCACACCGUCAUCAUCUCAGCCCUCUCAGAAGGGCCAGGUGGUCGCGGUCAGAGAGGCGUCGUUGGCUAGAGAUCCCAUCAGACUUUCUCUGCGGGAUGGUCAAUCCACCGUUUCUUCUAAUCGGGACCGCGCAUUCGGUAAGGAUGCCGGCAAGUCCAUUCCUGGCAUCUUGAAUCGCCAGCUCAAGUGCACUUUCGGGCCGCUUGGAGCAUCGCAGGGCAAGCGGCAAGCGACGGGAAGUGGUGCACUUGAGUCUCUGGAGAAGAAGAGAAGGUCGUGCGCGUCGGUGAGGAUCUAUCUAGCAACUAUAUACUAUCACAAUCUGAGAUAUUCCUCAAUAAUUAAAACAAUGAUGGUCUAUGGUGCGCGAAAAAAAUGA